AGGCGACAGCGCGUGGCGUUCAGGGCCUGACGGUUGCUAGGGUGACAGGGACACAACAUGGCGGCGGGAUCCCUAACGCUCUCCUUCGAGGGACCACCACGGAGAUCUUAGUGCGGGACCCCGCCUCAGGGAAGUGGAAAGAAGGGGGACAACCUUCCUGCUUCUUUCUUUUCCGUCCAGUGUCGGCAAGGGGUUGUCACCGGCUUCCGCAUCCAAGAUGAAGAACUAUAAAGCAAUUGGCAAAAUAGGAGAGGGAACGUUUUCUGAAGUUAUGAAGAUGCAAAGCCUGAGAGAUGGAAACUACUAUGCAUGUAAACAAAUGAAGCAGCGCUUUGAAAGUAUUGAGCAAGUCAACAACCUACGAGAGAUCCAAGCACUGAGGCGCCUGAAUCCGCACCCAAACAUUCUUAUGUUGCAUGAAGUGGUUUUUGACAGAAAAUCUGGUUCUCUUGCACUGAUAUGUGAACUUAUGGACAUGAAUAUUUAUGAGCUAAUACGAGGGAGAAGAUACCCAUUAUCAGAAAAAAAAAUUAUGCACUAUAUGUACCAGUUAUGUAAGUCCCUGGAUCAUAUUCACAGAAAUGGAAUAUUUCACAGAGAUGUAAAACCAGAAAAUAUACUAAUAAAGGAUGUCCUGAAAUUAGGGGACUUUGGCUCCUGCCGGAGUGUCUAUUCCAAGCAGCCGUACACGGAAUACAUCUCCACCCGCUGGUACCGGGCCCCGGAGUGUCUCCUCACUGAUGGGUUCUACACGUACAAGAUGGACCUGUGGAGCGCCGGCUGUGUGUUCUACGAGAUCGCCAGUCUGCAGCCCCUCUUUCCUGGAGUAAAUGAACUGGACCAAAUCUCAAAAAUCCACGAUGUCAUCGGCACACCUGCUCAGAAGACCCUCACCAAGUUCAAACAGUCGAGAGCUAUGAAUUUUGAUUUUCCUUUUAAAAAGGGAUCAGGAAUACCUCUACUGACAACCAAUUUGUCCCCACAAUGCCUCUCCCUCCUGCACGCAAUGGUGGCCUAUGAUCCCGAUGAGAGAAUCGCCGCCCACCAGGCCCUGCAGCACCCCUACUUCCAAGAACAGAGGCUUUCAAUGACGAAAGAAGGACUCGGAGCUGUAUGGAAACGUGAUCCUGAAGCCCUGUGCAGACGUGCAGCUGCCCACAGUGGCCACAGACAGCUGAGGCUGCGAGGCGACCACAGAGCCCAAGCCCUCCUGAGCCAUAUUCUUGAACAGCCCGUCUCAAGUGUGACUGCCCCAAAAGACCGGUUUAAAAUGGAAACGACUUCUUUGGCUGAGCAGCGGGAGCACGGCGCCGCAGAGUGAGCCGGUCACCGUCCACACGGCUAUUGCCGAUGUCCACCGCCUGAGGUCCGCCGGCUGGCACGGCUCAGGCGCAGCUCGGAGCUCCUCCUCGUCUCUCCCUCAAGUCCGAGUCCCGGGAGACUGUGCACGCAGCAGUGAGGUCGCUACACUACAGUUCCACCUGGAGAACUGGCCUGGCCUGGGGAUGACAAUGAGCCCUGCAAACAAAGCAGUCUACAUUAAUCCAGCAAAACACCGGACGGGCAACAGCCACCAUGCGCGCCCUCCGCCAGCAGCUCCACGUGGUCAAAACUGGUGCUGUUGAUGUGGAAGCCAGUGUGGGAGCAAACCCUCCACUUCAUCUAUUUAAUUCCUAUCCAGAUCACUGCGUUCCAUUCCUAGAGAAUUGGAACCCUGCUGGGUGCAAUACUGUGGCCUCAAUACCGUCCAAGAGAAGGGCGGGCAGGGCUGGCCUUGCCCUUGGGGGAGACAGUGGUUUCUCGGCACCCGAGAACAGGUUCUUUGGAGCUUUGCUGACCCAAAGGUGCAGGUGCCUCGUGGGAGGUGUUCAGCGCCUUCAGCCAGGGUCGAGCCCAGAGCACCGCAGUUCUGGACCGCACACCCAGUCCCUCAGAGCCAGGGGUUGUCUCCAAAGAGAGAGUUCAGUGGCACCUUUGAAAGGGCAUUCUCUGCUGGGGGGUUCUUGCUUUGGUGGGUGGUGUGACCGUGGCACCCCCUGACUGUAGCUGUCCACAUGUGUAGGCCCCACAGGUAGAGACAGCAGGGCCCAGGCCGAGGUCGGGGGAGCCCCAGAACAAAGUAGUCUUGCCGUGAGGCUGCAGCUGGGUGUGGAGAAGGGAUGUGGGGGCCAACCCACCAGGGCCAGCAGGAAGAAUGAGGGGGGCAUCUGGCUCUUCAGGGCGGCUCCUGCUGAGAGGCUCACUGUCGGGGGCGGGGAGUCUCACCCAGAUUUUGCAAUACUGGUGUGACCUUGGGUAAACCUGAGGGUUUAACCUCCUACACAGCAAAGAGUACUUCCAUUUCUGUGCACUUACUAUCGAGCGGCAAUUACCUUACAUCAAGGUGUGGCAUUCAUUUAUGAAGAAGAACAUUAAGAUGGCGACAGUGCAGCCCCGAAGGUGCACAUUUUCAGCUCUGGGAAUACAACUUACCCUAAGCUGUCAUGGAAGAAGGCUUCGGCUGAUGAGUACUGUUUACAAAUGACAGGCCUUUAACUCAAGCUGACAUUGCUACCUUCUCACACAUUGGACUUGUGUGGACACAAAUGAGGGUGACAAUCGGAAACUGCCCUUCAGCCUCGCCCACACCCUGCUGCCGGAAGCCUGGAAGCAAGCUGUCCCACUCAAGUCAUUUCAUCCCGUUUCUUACCUUCCACCUGAAAUCUGUUCACCUAGACAAGCUCAGGAAGCAAACGGAAUGUGGCAGCUGCCCCUGCUCAGAGUCUAUAGGAGUGCUUUUCCUCUGGGACCCCUGAAAAGGGACAGAACCCUGUUUGUACUUGUGGAGGACCCCGCAAACGCCCCAUACUUCUGGCUCAAACACAUCAAGGCUGUGGAGGAAAGCUGGGCAGCAGGUUCCCGACCCCACUUCUGCCGCAGACAGUCUGGAGGAAGGAAGCCUCUCACACAGGACACUCUGCCUUCGUCACCACGCGCACCCUAAGAAAGUGCUUUCCACAAGCUAUGUGGUGUCCAGGAAGUGACAAAGCUCCAGAACCAGGAGGCACCUCCCUUCCCCCCGGCAACAGAAAAGUCAUCUCCUCCUGGCAGAGGGAGAAAGUGGUGGUGACCCAGCCUGGGGACAGACGGACAGGGGCCACCCUCAUCUGGCAGCCACAGAGUCUCCCUCCCCUUUCACGGAGUGCCAGGUGGAGGUGAGUGCUGCUCCAGGUAGGAGGCAGCCCCACCCACAGGAAGGUGGCGUCUCUACCAGUCCUGUGUUAAGUUUAGCUUCCCAGGAGCACGUUUAACAACUUAAAAACAAGUGACAGCCAGCCCUGUGGGAGGCUGAGGUGGGGAGAUCACUUGAGCCCAGGAGUUUGAGAGCAGCCUGGCCAACAUGGUGAAACUCCAUCUCUACUAAUACAAAAUUAGCCGGGUGUGGUGGCGCACGCCUGUCAUCCCAGCUACUCAGGAGGCUGUGUGGCAGGAGGAUGGCUUGAGCCCAGGAGAUGCAGGGUGCAAUGAGCCGCGAUCCACUGCACUCCAGCCUGGGGGAUAGAGCAAGACCCUGUCUCAAAAAAUGAAAAGAUAGAUAAUAAAAACAAGUGACAUUAAUUUUAAUAUUUUCUUUUUUUUUUUUUUUUGAGACGGAGUCUCACUUUGUUGUCCAGGCUGGAGUGCAGUGGCACGAUCUUGGCUCACUGCAAGCUCCACCUCCUGGGUUCACGCCAUUCUCCUGCCUCAGCCUCCCAAGUACCUGGGACUACAGGCGCCUGCCACCACGCCCAGCUAACUUUUUGUAUUUUUAGUAGAGAUGGGGUUUCACAGUGAGUCAGGAUGGUCUUGAAAACCUCCUGACCUCGUGAUCCACCUGCCUUGGCCUCCCAAAGUGCUGGGAUUACAGGCGUGAGCCACCGCACCUGGCCAAUUUUAAUAUUUUAACUGAAGAUGUUUCAUAUAAUAUUCAGCAAUAUAAAAAUUACUAAUGACUUUUUUGGUAAGAA